ACCACAACAACGCACACUCUACCCGACUUAUGAGCAACGAGGCCAGCACCGAUGCCGGGCCGCCGCCCCAUGUCGACUUUGCAGCUGGCGUUUUGGCAGGCGGCGUCGGCCUCCUCGUCGGCCAGCCGUUCGACGUCGUCAAGGUGCGAUACCAGACCCCGCAGUACAAUGGGCGGUACAACUCGAUCCUGGGCGCGUUCCGCUCGAUCGUCCGUGAGGAGAAGAUCCCCGGCCUGUUCAAGGGCGUCAUGAGCCCUAUGCUCAACGGUGUCAUCUUCUCGUCCUACUCGUUUGGCAUGAAGAUCCAGCACACGCCUGAAGGGCAGGAGCCGACGCUCUGGCAGAUCAUGUUGGCGGGUGCUGGGAGUGGUGUUGCUGCUUCCCUCCUCACAUGCCCCAUCGAGCUCGUCAAGAUCCAGCAGCAGUCCCUCCCGCCAACGCAGAACCCCUCGGCGUGGCAGGUGACCAAGGACAUUGUGCGCCAGAGCGGUGUCCGGGGCCUGUACCGCGGCAUGACGGCGACUAUCUGCCGCGAUCUGGCAUACGGCCCAUACUUCUUCACGUACGAGGGCCUGUGCCGUUUCUUCAAGUGGCGCAAGUCGCCUGACGGCGAGAGGCACCCCCUUCCCCACAAACACGACACGCUGAUCGACGAGGCCGAGGCAGAGCUGCACAGCGGGCUGAGCUGGGCCGAGUUGAUGACUGCAGGCGGUGCGGCUGGUGUCGCCGCAUGGGUGGCCACGUUCCCCUUCGACGUCAUCAAGACAAGGAUGCAGGACGCGGUGUAUUCUGGCCCAGGGGUCAAGGCGCCAAGCAUGUGGAACGUCGCCGUCCAGAGCGUCCAGAAGGAGGGCUGGCGGGUCAUGUUUGCUGGCCUGUGGCCUACGGUCGUCCGUGCUGUCCCCACCAACAUGGUCAUCUUCCUCACAUUUGAAGCAUGCGUUGCGGCCAUGACCUAGUGGUCGGGCGCCACAUUACGUUGCAGCGGCCAGCUACUGCAUGCUCGCUGCGUGGAUGGAAGAAAAGUCGGCUCGAGCGACCGGGACGACACCGGCAGAGCCGGACGAUCGACGGUGCGAGCCAGGACAAGAGGCCAUGCCGUUAUCGCCUGCGCAACCGCCUAGCGAAUCUCAUCUCGGGUGACGCCUCGCCCUGUGGCCAAGCAAGCGGACUCUCGCUUCUACCCUCCCCUG